UUGAGACUUCUUUAGACACAUCCCCCCAUGUGGUCUGGGGUUCCCUGCAGGGAGUCCCUCCUCCCACAAUGGCCAGUUCCACGAUGGCCGGCAAAGCACGUGAGCGGGGAGACUCCUUUUCCACCGAUGACAUAAGCAGGCGUGCGCUCCCCUUGGUGGCAAAGGGGAAAACCCCGUGGCCUGGCGAGGCAAAACUUUGGGGAAAAGAGGAUGGUUUGUUUGCCUGGUUGCUGGCCUGCCUCUGGUUUUUCAAGAUCCAUUGUAUCCUAGGCAUGGGCUGAGCAAAGUGAUUGCUUCGACUUGCCUGUCAAGAUCUGUUUGCCAUGUCUAUUGGCUACUAUUAUCCAGAUGAUUCCAGGAGAGUGCCCCUGUGGUCGCGACUCUUCUCAUCAACUUAUGCCGGUUAUCGUCACUUGAAGCCUUCGGGGUCGAGGUACUCCGGUCGCUAUCGUCGUUCUUUAUUCCGCCGCAUCUGCAACUAUGUUUCUGCCGUUAUCGGCAUUAUAUUCCUUCUCAUCGUCCUGAACUCCAUAUUCCGGUCCUCCUAUACCCAGCCGCCGCCACAUUACUUGUCGCUUCGGAAUGCGGUGUCUCAGUCAACGAAAUCCGGCCGAGGCAACAUCCGCAAUGAGAAGGUUUUCAUCGCAGCGAGCUUAUAUGACCCUGAUGGUGAUCUAGCACGAGGACAUUGGGGGGACAGUGUGCUUGAGCUGAUCGAUCUGCUCGGAGAAGACAAUGUUUUCUUGAGCAUCUAUGAGAACGACAGCGGUCGAGAUGGAGAGAGUGCGCUUCAAGAUCUGGCGGAUCGGGCCAUGUGCCAGAAGUCCAUUGUUUUCGAGCAACAUCUGGACCUGGCCGGUUUACCGACAGUUGCCGUUCCCGGCGGUUCAAGGCGGAUCAAACGUAUCGAGUACUUGGCGGAGGUGCGGAACCGAGCUCUAAAACCGCUGGACGACCAGCCGGGAGUGCGCUACGACAAGCUGCUCUACUUGAACGACGUUGCAUUCAACCCGGUGGAUGCGCUCCAGCUUCUGUUCUCCACCAAUGCCACGGAUGAUGGCGUUUCUCAAUACCGGGCCGCGUGCGCCGUGGAUUUCAUCAACCCAUUCAAAUUUUAUGACACUUAUGCGACACGCGAUCUGCAGGGCUUCGGCGUGGGCGUGCCUUUCUUCCCGUGGUUCACUAGCGCUGGGCAAGGUCAGAGCCGCCAGGACGUACUAGCUCAGAAAGAUGCUGUGCGGGUGCGGAGUUGCUGGGGAGGAAUGGUAGCAUUCGACGCGCGGUUCUUCCAGCGCGAUACAGAUUUAUCGGUCAUGGAUGUACAGCCUCAGCUGUCUGGAGAGGACAAAUCACCUGCUCGGUUCCGGGCGUCACAUGAUACGUUCUGGGAAGCUUCUGAGUGUUGUCUUAUCCAUGCCGAUAUUCAGAAGCCUCAGCCGGACCCAGAGAAGAUCACAGACACGGGGAUCUAUAUCAAUCCAUAUGUCCGGGUGGCGUACGACACCCGCACCCUUUCCUGGCUAGGGACUACGCGGCGGUUCGAGAAGCUGUACUCUUGGAUCCAUGAUAUUCUCAACCAUUUCGUCGGCAUGCCUUGGUUCAAUCCUCGACGAACCGAAGUCCCCGGCCAGAUAUCUCAGGAGAAGGUUUGGAUCCCUGAUGAACAUGAGGAGGGGAAUGGGUCAUUUCAACUCGUUGAUCGGGUUGCAGGUAAAGAUGGCUUUUGCGGACGCCCGGGACUCCAAGUCAUCAUCGAGCAUCGCAAAGAGGGCCAGAAGGGAUACGAGGAGAUUGAAGUACCUUCAUAAGGGAUUUCGAUCAAUGUGUAGAUAUUCCCUGCAUGCAUAUUGCAUGGUUCUCUUUACUGUAUAGGCCACGAGUUAUGGGUACAUAAAUAUCAUCUAUAGACGUCCAUGGACAUAGUGCAAUCCACAUAUAUCACAUUUCGAAA